UGACUACGUGCGUCGUAUUUCCCUCUCCACACGCCUCCAGAAGCGGUGAGAGCCAUUCGAGAUAAACAAGAGCGACGGGGGCCAUUGUGUCACUAGCCCAAGUGGCCAGUAUCACGUUUAUCACCAUUCGAGGGAGGGAGAGAGAGAGAGGGGUACCACCCUACCUAAAGUUGGCAUCAACAAAGCCCCAAAUCUCACAUUAUUUAUUUUGUUACAUAUGCUUAGGUUUAUUGUUGACUUUUGCCCCACAAUCUGAGCUCCACCUGGAUCAAAUAAGUGCACACACACGGAGACGUGUGGUCAUGUUCCCCCACGUUCCCCUCCCAAUGGCUGGUCCAUAAUUAGGAUCCCAACUGAACCAUAAACUGACCGCUGUACUCCUCGGCCGGCUCCCACAACCCCCCCGCCCCCCCCACCAUCCGCGCCAACCAUGGCCAGCAAGAGGAAAUCCACUAUACCCUGUAUGAUCCCCCAUAAGUCCAUGCACCUCCGGGAGGAGCUGGAGCAGGACUCGUGCCUGUCAGACCCUCUCUCCCUCCUCCGACAGGCCCGGGACCAGGGCUACCCCUCCAUGGGCGCGAGCGGUAACGGGCUGAGCCCCCGGGAGCGAUCCCCAGGCGAAUCCUCCAGGCCUGAGGGGGGCAAUGAUGUCAAAGACGGGUGCGGCACCUACACGUGCAGGCCGUGUAACUUUGAGACCCAGGACCUAAACCUGUUCCUGGACCACGUCUACAGUGGCCACCCGGACUUCAGAGCUGACCCCAGCUUCCAGUGCGUGGACUGUGGGGUGUCAGCGGCCAAGUUUGAAGGCCUGGCCCUGCACAACGCCCAGGUCCACCCCAGCACAGUGUGCACCACCUUGCAGCUGAGGAGGAGAGACAGGAGGGUGGUGGUGGAGCAGAGUCUGGUGACAGGGUCAGAGACAGGGAGGGACACAGAGAUCACCAUCACCAAGACCCCCAUCAUGAGGAUGAUGAAAGGGAAGUCGGAGUCCAAGAGGUUUGUGGUGUCCCAUUCCUCUCCUGAUGAACCCUCCCCAGACCCCCUCCCCAUCUCUAAGUCCAAGGAGAUGCCGAGAAAAGAGGCCCCCACAGUGACAGUUACCCACGUCCCUACCAUAGUGCACAACGGCACAACCACCAAGGUCACGCUGCCCUCUGCUAUCCAGAUAGUGAACGGCUCGGGGGCUCUGCCCAUGCUCAAGACUGCCAUCACACAGGUGGUGUCAGUGGUCCAGAACAGGAACAUCUACCAUCAGACAGCUCCCAUCACAGUCUCCGCUGCCCUCUCCUCCUCCUCCACCUCCUCCUCUUCCACCUCCUCCAAGAACAUGCCCAAGGUGAUGAUCCCUCUGAGCAGCAUCCCAACCUACAGCGCCUCUAUGGACUGUUCCUCCUUCCUCAAGACGUCCUUCAGUAAGUUCCCCUAUCCCACCAAGGCAGAGCUCUGCUACCUCACCGUGGUCACCAAGUUCCCAGAGGAGCAGAUCAACAUCUGGUUCACUGCCCAGAGACUCAAGCAGGGCAUCAGCUGGUCUCCAGAGGAGAUUGAGGAGGCCAGGAAGAAGAUGUUCAACACCAUCAUACAGACAGCGCCCCCUAACACCCAGUACCAGCCAUUGACCCAGACCCACCACAGCCCAGCCCAGCACACCAUCAGGGUCCUGCCUGCCUCUCUGGGGCCUACGGGGAUCCCUCACAUCCUCCAGGGCUCGCUGGUGGGUCAGGGAGGGGUGAUUGUCACCCAGCCCAUGAUGGCCAACAGCAUCCAGGUCAGCAGUGCCCCCAUGGCCCUGGCGGUCACACCCAAGCACCAGGCUGCGGCCCGCCCUAUGAUGCAGGCCCGGCCUGCUGGUGCCCUGGUGGUCGAUAAGGGGAUCAGCAUGGUGGUGGGGAGCAGUAGUAUUGGAAACAACAUCAUCAUCAGUAGCCGUAGUAGUAAUAGUGGAGGGAGUACUAGUAGUAUCAGUAGUAAUAGUAGAAAUGGUGGAGGGAGUACUAGUAGUAUCAGUAGUACUAGUAAUAGUAGAGGGAGUACUAGUAGUAUCAGUAGUAGUAAUGGUGGAGGGAGUACUAGUAGUACCAUCAGCAGUAGCCGUAGUAGUUACAAUAGCAGUAGUUUCAGCAGCCAUGCUAGUGUUAUUAACCUUAGCUUUGGCAACAACAGGGGGAACAGCAUUUACAGCAAUGGCAAAGUCAUCAACGCCAAUGGUAAAAUCAACCAUGCUAUUGCUAAUCUCAGUGGGAAAAGCAACAGCAAUGCUAUCAGCAUGGUUAAAAGCAGCAGCACGGACAGCAGGUGCAACAACAGCAGCAACAGCAGUACUAUUGGUACAAUUUUCAGUGAGAGUCAAGUCACCGCUGAUAUUAAAAGCACCAUGGACAAGAAACCCAACAGCAGCAAAAAUACCAACAGCAGCAGCUUGAGCUACAAGAAAACAAUCACCACAACCAGUGGUCCCACUGCCACAGCUAACCCCACUGCCACAGCUAACCCCACUGCCACAGCUAACCCCACUGCCACAGCUACCCCUACUUCCGCCACCAGUAACACCACCACCACCAAAACAGAGGCGGCAUCUUCCCCCUCCACCAAACCUUCCUCCUCGUCUUCCCCGGCGCAGAGCGGGAGCACGGACGCCAGUGGAACCCCCAGCUCCAGAACGCUCCCAAACAGCUUCCUGGACCCCGGCUUCUACAAGAGCAAGAAGACCGUGGAGCAACUGAGCGCGCUCAAAGAGAGCUUCACCAACAACCAGUUCCCCAACCAGGAAGAGGUGGACCGUCUCAUCUCCUUCACCGGCCUGACCGUGCGCGAGGUCCGUAAGUGGUUCAGCGACCGCCGCUACCACUUCCGCAACCUCAAGGGGGGACGUUCGAGCACGGGCGGUCAGGGUGGUGCUAGCACUCCAACCACACCCGGGUCGGCUAGCGCAACGACCACACCUGGGACGCCCAGAGGUAACAGUGCUACCCCCAUGGACCUCUCAGACACUGCAACUCCCAGUGAGAACACUAAAACCUCCCAGCAGGGGUUGGCAGCCCUCAGCCCCCCUCCCUCACAGACACCCACCUCCCCCACCACCCCGUCCAGACGGCCACCCAGACCCCCCUCCCCAGACUUCACAGCCAUCCGCUACAAAGAGAGGGACCCUCAGCAGGUGAGGGCGCUGGAGGCCAGCUUCAGCCAGGACCCUGACCCCUCUGGAGAGGAGGUGGACCGCCUCCGGGCUGAGACCAAGAUGACCCGUAGAGAGAUCCACGGCUGGUUCGCUGAACGCAGGAAGAGAGUCGCUGCUGAGAAGAAGAAAGAGGAGUUGGAGAGGGCGGAGCAAGAGGAGGAGAUGGAGGCAGGGGGAGGGGAGGAGGGGGGGAAGAGUAAGGAUGAUGCUGGGGUGAAGAAAGAGGAGGAUGGGGAGGAGAGGCAGAAGGAGGAUGGUUCAGGCUCAGAGCUGAAGGUGAACCCCAUUAAGAUCAACCUGAAGAUGCUCAAAGUGACUGAGUCAGAUGGAAAACUGGAGUCUGAGGGAGGGCAGGCAGACAGCCCCACCAUGCCUACCUUGUCUCCCCCUACCCCAGCACCCUCCCCAGACCCAGCCCCAAAAUCAACCCCCACCCUUACCCCUGCUCCAUCCACAAUUCCAACUCUAACCCCAAAGCCAUCGCCAUCACCUAAACCCUCCCCCUCUACAACCCCAAAACCAGCAGCACCAUCUUCCACUCCUGCCCUCAAGCCCUUCGCGUCCCCCAAACCCUCCCCUAUCCGGGGCAAGAAGACGUUAGAGCAGCUCCACCUCCUGAAGCAGGUGUUUGUCCGGACCCAGUGGCCCAGCGCAGCCCAGUAUGACGAGCUGAUCUCUUCCACAGGGCUGCCCAGGCCUGAGGUGGUGCGCUGGUUCGGGGACUGUCGCUACGUGCAGAAGAACGGCCAGCUUAAGUGGCUGGAGGCCUACCAGACCAUGGUCCUAAAGGAGGACUUCCAGAGGGGAGACACUCAGAUGCUGAAGGCCCAUCUGGAGGCCCACGGGAGUCUGGAGGAGGAACAGGUGUUGGAGCUGGCCCAGGCUAGUGGGUUGACAGAAGAGCUGGUACGACGCUGGUUCUCUACCCAGGCUCCUAUACUGCUGCAGGGGAAGGACAGUGGGGUUGCAGCCACAGUGGAGGGGGUACCAGAGGGAAUAACACCCAACCCAUCACCCACGGUACACAUGGAGGAAGGAUCAUCAGAGCCGGUCCAAGGAGGGGGGGAGGAGAAGAUGGAACAGUCGGUGUGUGGAGGAAUGAAAGAUGGGGAAGAGAAGAGGAGCGUGGACACAAAGGCUGUGAAUCCUGAAAAAGGAACAGACUGAGGGACCUUUGUCUAGGGCAGGGUUUCCCAAACUCGGUCCUAGUCUCUAUCCCCCCCCGGGGUGCACGUUUUGGUUUUUGCCCUAGCGCUACGCAGCUGAUAAAAAAAAAUGAUU